AGCACCGCCCCGCAGCGCGCAGCAUGGGCGAGCGGCGGCCGGCGGUGGGGGGGUGCUGAGCCGAGCCCGAUUGCCCCGGUCCGGUCCGGUCCGGUCCGGUCGCAGCAGGCGCCCGCCGCAUGUCGGGGCCCGGGGCGCAGAGCCGCAGCCGGCGGCUGCCCGGCCAAGAGCGGCAGAGAGGAAACCUGGAAUGGCUGAGGUCAAACACCAGCCUGGGAACAGCCAGGACCACCAGCUCUGGACCAUUUGGGUACCUUGUGGGUACCCAACCUGAAAGGGAGCCAACAUGGAGCAGGCACAGCGGGGCCUGGACACUGAGCAGAUGCAGCAGCAGCAGCUGAAACUACGGGACCGACAGAAGUUCUUUGAGGAGGUUUUCCAGCACGAUGUGGAUUUCUUCUUCCCUAUGUCUCACCUGCAGAUAGAGCAUCGGAGACCACCCUUAGGCAGCAUUUCCUCCAUGGAGGUGAACGUGGACAUGCUGGAGCAGAUGGACAUGAUGGACCUGUCAGACCAGGACACCAUGGAUGUGUUUCUGGGCUGUGGGACAGAGGAGAGCAGUGCUGCUGGGCCCCUGCCAGGGGCAGAUGCCAGCCAGUGCCCAGAGGAAAUCACCCUGCAAGUGCCCAACGCAGCUGAGAGCAAGUCACGCAUUUCUUCUACAUCCUCUGUCUCCACGGAUCUGAACAGCCUGGACACCAGCGAGGAGGGGGCUGAGACCCCUGUGGUGCAGUCAGAUGAGGAGGAUCUGCAGGAGGACGGUCCCAAAGAGCAGGCAGCAGCAAGAAGCUAGCAGCCAGCUCUGCCCUGCUCCCAGCUUCCUCACAUGGACCUGCCAGCCCAGAGGAAGGAAAGCUGCUGGCACUCAGUAAACCCCUCACUGGACUGCUGCCCUGCAAGAGGGGCGAGAUGAGUUUCCCCUCCUCUCCCUCUGCAGGUUCUCCUGGCAGCCAAUGGAGAAGGAACAAGGGGUACUGUAGGCUCCCCAAAUUAACUCUUCAGGCUUUGCUGCUAACACUCCCUGCUUCACUCCCCUGAAACGCUCAGCAACCCACAGCCCCACCAUUCCCAGAAAGCCAUCCCUUGGGAUCCCAGCUCCCCCUGCCCUACUGACAAAGGUCCUGUCCAGAGAAGCGUUUAACGAUGGCAUACAGAGAAAUAACACUCCAGUCUAAACAA